UGGGGCCGUGGGCGUCCCGGAGGGCCGGGCCGGGCCGGAGCGGGGACUGCCGCUCGAUGGCCUCCGGCGCCAAGUCCAACGGCCCCGAGGUGAAGAAGCCAGACUUUAUGGAUGAAGAGGUUCAAAGUAUUCUCUCCAAGAUGACCGGAUUGGAUUUGCAAAAAGUUUUUAAACCAGCCAAACAGGAGCUUAAACCACCAACCUACAAAUUUAUGACAGAUUUGCAGUUGCAGGAGGCCACAGAAAAGGCUAUCGAAGUUGCUAAACAACGCUUAAAAAUGCCUCCGGUACUGAAGGAACGAGAACCAAUAAAUGAUAUUUUAGCAGAGGAUAAGAUCCUUGAAGGAACUGAGACCGCCAAAUAUGUCUUUACCGACUUAACAUUCAGCACGCCACACCGUGAGCGGUUCAUCGUAGUGAGGGAACCAAGUGGGACAUUACGCAAAGCCACCUGGGAAGAACGGGAUAGGAUGAUACAGAUCUAUUUUCCAAAAGAAGGGCGUAAAGUUUUUCCACCAGUACUAUUCAAAGAAGAAAACCUUAGGGUAGUGUUUAGUCAAGACCGUCAUGAAGAUGUCCUUAAUCUCUGCAUCGCCCAAUUUGAACCAGAUUCGGCUGAUUACAUUAAAGUGCAUCAUCAGACAUAUGAAGAUAUUGAAAAACGGAGUAAAUAUGACCUCUUACGUUCCACGAGACACUUUGGUGGGAUGGUAUGGUAUCUGGUAAAUAAGAAGAUGAUAGACGGUUUGCUCAUUGACCAGAUUCAAAGAGAUUUAGUGGAUGAUGCUUCGAGUUUAGUUAAACUCUAUCACAUGCUUCAUCCAGAUGGUCAAUCGGCUAAAGAGGCUAAAGAACAAGAAGCCCAGGGGCUAAAUUUAAUUAAGGUAUUUGCAAAAACCGAAGCCCAAAAAGGAGGAUACAUAGAACUGACACUACAGGCUUACCAAGAAGCAUUCAGUAGUCACGCUGCAGCUUCCUGAGAUGUCAUCCCCAAAAUAACUACAGUGCUUCUUUUCAAUAUAUUGUUAAAACUGUUGUGACAUUUCAGGUGUAAAGAAAAUUAAUCCAAAUGUCUGCUAAAAAAAAAUCAAUUAUUUUUUUCUA